CUAAACAUGUGCGCCAAGGUCAGAAACAGAAACGUCAAAAUUCGUUCGUUCGCGAGUCGCAAAUUGUUUUCGACAGACGUCUCCCAGAAAACUGCAUUAUUUCUCGUGAUAAUCAGAAACCAGCUUUAAGUUAUGGCCGAGUUGGAGAACAUCAACCCUCAUGUUUACCGCAAGUGCGAAGAACGUCGAUUGACGAAAGAUGACGAAAACGACGAUGUCGCGGAUCCCUUCGAUGAGCGGGAGAUUUUCGAUCUCAUUCGCAACAUCAACGACCCGGAGCACCCACUAACGCUGGAAGAACUGCACGUCCUGGAGCAGAGUCUGAUCACGGUGGACAACGAGAAGAACACGGUCAAGGUGCUGUUCACUCCAACGAUUCCGCACUGCAGCAUGGCGACGCUGAUUGGGCUCUCGAUUCGGGUCAAGUUGCUGCGGGCUUUGCCACCUCGCUUCAAAGUGUCGGUGGAAAUCAACCCGGGAACGCACGCUUCGGAGAAUGCCGUUAAUAAGCAGCUGGCGGACAAGGAAAGAGUUGCUGCCGCCCUGGAGAACUCCCAUCUCAUCGAGGUCAUCAAUCAGUGCAUUGCUGUUCCGAUAAAGUGAAGAUGACGGUUUAAGCAGGGGGUCGUUUUAGAAGCUGUGACUGUUUUGUUAAGAACAAUAAACUACAUUUUUAUUUAUGGAUA